AUGGACAUGAAGCAACGUUUUCCAGGCAGUGAGGAGCUCCGCGCCUACUUCCAACACGUGGCCGAGGUGUGGGUUCUGAGGAAGGAUACGGAGUUCAAUAGCUUUGUGUCGUCAGCAGCUUGGGGUGAAGAUGAUGUAAAAUGGACUGUGAAGACUAAUACCGGGGCGACUUACAAGGUGGAGUUCCUACUGCUGAGCACCGGCUUUGUAGUGAAGCGUGUCUUUCAAAGGUUGGAUUGCGUAGCUGUCUCUAUGAAGCCUACUCAACACUGGUUAGGAACCUUCUUAUACCCGUCAGAUUGGCCUCACGAAGAGCCUGACUUUCGGGGCAAAAAUGUGGCUGUUGUUGCCACUGGUAUCCAAUUGGCCCAAGAGCUAAGCAAGGUUGCGGCCCAUCUUACUGUGUUUCAGCGGACGUUGAAUAUGUCGUUACCAAUGGGGCAAGUGAACUACGAGCUUCCCCAACAAGCAAUUCCCAAGCCCGAUUGUCCGAAGCUCUUUGCUGAAUGGCCAGAUAGCUUCUCAGGUUUCUCUUCCAAUUUCCUUCCACGCUCAACCUUUGAUGAUAGACCAGAACAACGACUAAAGACAUAUGAGGAAUUAUGGAAACAAGGGGACUUCAAGUUCUGGCUUGCGACAUACAAUGAUAUGCUUUUCACCCAAGAAGGCCACUGUGAAGCAUUCAACUUCUGGCGCGACAAGACAUCAGCUAAGAUCAGUGAACCCAAGGUUGUGGACAUUCUUGCACCCAUGGAACAACCGUACGCUUUUGGAUAUUCUUUACCUGCCCAACAACCCAGAAAGUUAGCCUAGAUACGAGCUCGAAAAUCAGCUCAAAAACUAACUAAAAAAACCAGCUCAAA